CAAGGCAGAAUCACGUUCCUGUAAUAGGGAAGAAUUCUGCUGACAAGAGUGGGUAUUAUUUCAAUAAGGACUGAGAUUGGAAAGAAACUGUCAGGCUGCAUUACUCCAGCAUGAGUCCCUUCUUUGUGAUGUCUCUCCUCUUUGGCCUGAUUUUCGGACAAACAGCAUCACUCUGUGCUCCUUCUGAGUACACAAUCCGUGUGGAGAAACGGGAGUGUGCCUAUUGCCUGGCCAUCAACACCACCAUCUGCGCUGGAUUCUGCAUGACUCGGGACAGCAACAGCAAGAAGCUGCUCCUCAAGAGCGCUCUGUCCCAGAACGUGUGCACAUACAAAGAGAUGCAGUACCGGACAGCGCUGAUCCCGGGCUGCCCUCACCACACCACCCCCUACUACUCCUACCCCGUGGCUGUGAGCUGCCAGUGUGGCAAGUGCAACACUGACUACAGUGACUGUGUCCGUGAGAGGGUCAGGACAAACUACUGCACUAAGCCACAGAAGCUCUGUAACCUGUAAAGCUUUCAAUGGGAUGCGGUGAAAUGUACAGCUCUGCUCGCACCUGAACUGAAAUAAAAGUGUAUUUCAUAUUCAGUUUGCAAA